AUGGGCACGCAAGCGCGAGGCGGCGAGGCCGGACCCUCCGUGUCGACCUUAGCGGAGGCGCGCACGGCGCUGCGCAGGGGCGCCAACCUCCUCAAGCUCUGCCGCAACGCGAAGCCCCACGUCGCCUACUUCCAGCUGUCCAAGGAUGAGACAAAGCUGGAGUGGGUCGGCAAGGGCGCGAGGGUGAAAGCCGUGCGAAUGGGACUAGUCCUGCAGGUCAUCGCGGGGCGCGAGACCCCGGCGUUCAAAUCGAGCAAGCAGCCGAGUCCCCCCGACCAGUGCCUCUCCCUGAUGUACCGGGAGGGCGUCGGGAAGAAGCCGAGGAGUCUCGACCUGGUGUGCGAAGACGCCGGCCAGGCGCGGAUGUGGCGGCUGGGCCUCGACGCCGUCCGCGAGCGGGGCGGCGCCGGCGUCACGGCCGAGGCGUUCAGCAGCGACGACGAAGAUGUCGUACCCGCGUCGUCGCCGGUGCGCGACGCCAAACUCGACGAGAUGGCGGCGGACUUCGGGGUCGCGAUGAAGGUCAACUCGGCGGCUUCCAAAUUCAUGAAACUUAAAUCCCCGCGCGGGGGAGCCGAGCAGGGCGACGUCGGCCGCGGCCGCCGAUCGCUUCGAUCCUCCGCGAUAUCCGACCCGCGCGAGCUCUUCCUCUGGGGCCGGAUGCCCUCCGAGUUUGAGCCCCCGCCGAUCGACGUGGGCGACCCGGAUGCCGCCGCGGGCGUCGGUCCCGCCGUGGGCGGUUGGCGCGAGUGGAGCGUCCCCGCUCGCGCGCCCGGCGCCGACGGCCUCGACGUGGUCGCCGUGGCGCUGGGCGCGCGGCACGCCGUCGCGGUGGUGCGUCACCAGGGCGUGUACACGUGGGGCGACGGCGCGGGGGGACGGUUGGGGCGCGGGGUGGACCAGAGGGGCAGGGGCCGGCCGUCAAAGCUCUCCGUCGUAUCGGGCGGGGAGGUUUCGGACCGCGGCGCCGGCUUUGAGCGGAUCCGCGAGGUUUCGUGCGGGGGUCAGUACACCGUCGCCGUGAACUACGGCGACGGGGCGGCGUACGCGUGGGGCGACGCGUCCGGCGGAUGCCACGGCGCGCUGGGGAUGGCGUCGCCGUCCAAGGGUAUCGUCGCCGGGGUGAGUUUGCCGACGAAGGUUUCCGUCGGUUUUCCCGUCGGGACGCGAGUGUCGCGAGUUUCGUGCGGAGCUUUUCACGCCGCGGCGGUGACCGCCGCGGGUGACCUCUUCUGCUGGGGCGAGGGCGCCUUCCACGCGCUGGGGCACGACGGGGACAAGUCCACGUGCCAACACCCGAGGCGGGUGCGCGGGCUGUGGGACGCCGGCCGGAGGGUAUCGAACGUGUCCUGCGGGGUGUAUCACACGGCUGCCGUCGCGAUUGACCGAACGACGACCGGGUGCGCCGGGAGAGGGGAGCUCUGGACGUGGGGCGACGCCGACGGCGGCAAGCUCGGGCACGGUGCCGAGGCGGCGAAAGAAAAAGCCGUGGUGGCUCCGCGACGCGUGAGUGGGUUGGACGAAAACGCCGACGUUACCACCGUUUCUUGCGGGCAGUGGCACACGCUCGCCGCGUGUGCAGACGGCGUCGUGUGGGUCUGCGGCAGCGUCGGUAAGGUUGCCCCCGCCGAACCGGCGCUCACCCCCGAGCGCGUUCCGGGUAUACCGGGAGGCGCGGAGGCGAUCGCGAGCGGCGAGUGGCACGCCGUGGCCAUCGGGAGGGGCGGCGAGAAGAUGUUCUCGUGGGGCCGUGGCAGGCGGGGCGCGUUGGGUCACGCGGGGGGUCGCGACGAGCACGCGCCUCGAGCGGUCGAGGCUUUGGCGGGGCGACGCGUGCACCACGUGGCGUGCGGGCCGGAGAGCACCGCGGCGGUGGUGUCGUCCAGGUCGAUGACGGUCCAGGAGCGCGCGGGUCUGACCAAGAAGAAGGACCUGGCGUUGAAUUUCGGGACGCAACCUUCGCGAGGGGCGAUAGAAAAGGGGCUUCGGCUGACGGACUCGGGAGUCGAGGCGGACUCCGCGCCGGGAACGCCGUCGCGCGGCGGGUCCCGCCGCGGACCGAGCGGCGGCGGCGGCGCGCAUCAUCACGCCCUCGCGAGGGUUCAGCCCGGUCGGAUCACGGCGGCGACGGCGGAUGGGGCGACGACAGCUCCGGGAAACAUCGUCGGCGCCGGGAGAGUGAGUCACGCGGAGCCGACUGGAAACCUGAACGAUCUCGCGACGAGGCGAGCGAGGGCGGAGGCUCUCAGCGCCACGCGCGAGAGGGACCUGCUCCGGCUCGAGGUGAAGGCCCUCGCGGCGAAGCUCUCGCGGGCGAAGGCGCCGCCGCAGGGGAGCGAGGUGCGGUCGCCGGGGAGGGCGCCGGUCGGGAGGUCGACGCCCGCCGCCGCGUCGCGACGGCCGGCGUCGCCUCGACCCCUAACCCCCCCGGCCGCCCGCUCCGUCCCCGGCGGCCUGACGCUCGAACGCGACCGCGCGCUCGCCGCUCGGGAGACGGCGGAAGCUGCGGCGGCGCUCGCGGCGGAGGAGGCUGCCAACGCCGUCGCCGAGCUCGAGGCAAAGGCGGCGGUGCUCGAGGAGAAGGUUGUCCUCGCAGAGUUUGAGCUCGAGACGCUGCGCUCGCAGGUGGCGUCGCAAACCGUCCAAUCGCCGCCGCCGCCGACCCGGACCCCGCUCUCCCCCGUGCGAACAAGGUCCCCCACGCUCGCGGCCGAGGCUCGAGCCGCGUCGAAAGGAGGAGCGCAAUCGUUCUUGAAAGCAACCGCCGAAAGGAUCGACGUCCCUUCAAAGGUUUCAAACGAAAACGCGGGAGCGAGGGCUCGAUCGUCGGCGCCCCCCGCGCUGGGGACUCGUCCAACCUCGCAUGCGGUGGAGUUUCGCGCGGAAAAGGAGGAACCGAGCGGCGACGUCGCGUACGCUCAUCAGGCGGCGACGCCCGCGCCGAGCGUCGUCGUCGUUCCGACGCGGACGCCCGACUCUGCGGCGGCGGCGACAAGGGAGUGGGUGGAGGAGGUUGAGCCCGGGGUGUUUUUGACGAUUGCGACGCACGGGUCGAGCGCGGCGCACGUGCUGCGGCGCGUGCGGUUCAGCAAGAGCAAGUUCAGCGACGGGAACGCGCAGGCGUGGUGGGAGCAACACAGGGCGCGGAUAAUACGCGCGAGGGGGCUCAAGCUCGUCAGACCCGCGCGGUCAUCGUCUUGA